AUGCCUGGUACAACCACAUACGUCCAGGUUUCGCCAGGACAGUCAAUUCCGGUUCGGGUUUUUGUCAACAGGCGACGCAUCGUACUGAACAACACCGUGGCAAUCAAUGACCGCUCGAUAAUCAAGCUUUCGUCUAUCAACCUGCUCAGGCUUCUGAAUAACGACUUGACGAAUCUCAUCAUGGACGUCAAGGAGGAGCUACAAAAGAUUCUUUUCCAGGAGCCUCUAAGGUACCUUUUUCCGCUGAAGUUUGUUCACGGUUCCGACAAACUUUCCAAGGAUAUAGGGACAAGGUGGAAAUGCAAGGUGGUGGCUUCUCUAGGGUAUUUGGCAUCCUUGCGGUACAAAUUGGGCUACCUCCGGGACCAAGACGAUAUACAUUUUUUAGAAGAGAGAAAGGUGGAUGUUACUUCGAAGGAUCCAAAUAGAAGUGCCCUUUUAACCAAGGAAUUAAAGUUCACCUUCAUGGAACCAGAUGAAGGAGUUAUCCACGACGAGGACAAUGUCCUCGAUGACAAAAAGACCCUUUCAUACCGGUUGAACAAGCUGGCCUUGCUCAACAACAGCAUUGUCGAUAGUCUAGAUCUCUACGUGACAAGCCGGCCGCACCUGCAAAAAGCUUAA